AAAAUGUCAUUGCAGAAUCACGGUCCAGACAAAAUACAAGAAAUUACAUUGAAUAAAUUACAAACAAGCUCUUGUAGUGCGAAACCUCAUGUAAGAUAAAACCUGGAUGAUUUUAUUUUCACACACAUUAAGGCUGUAAAUACAUUUAAACAUGAGAUUUUGUAAAAGAGCUCAGAGAGAAUCGGCUCCUGCAGCAACGGACAUUUGUGAGGACACAAAUGCAAGAUACAAGGAAGCUUUAAUAAACAGUCAAAAUGAAAAAUAUAUAUAUAUAUAUAAUCCAAAAACCAAGUGCAAGAUGCCAAAAAUACAAUGUAACAGCACAAAAGCUAAAACAAAGUACCAAACAAGAGCAAAAGACAAGUCAGUUAAGACGGGAAGAAACAGAAAUGCAAAGCCAGGAACGAAAAACAACCAAAAAACAUGAAACAUACCACAGGGAGACACUGGGAGGCUCAGGAAAUAACACAGGGAACAAUGAAGAUGCUGCUGCCUCUGGUAAUCCUACAGCUGCUCCUGGCACCGGCGCUCUCGGUGCCCAGUGUGGAUCACUGGGACACGUGGGGUCCUUACGGUGAAUGCAGCCGCAGCUGUGGCAGCGGCGUGACCAUGAGAACCAGGCGCUGCAUCACCCACAGGACUGAUGGAGGACACAACUGUGUGGGACCAGAGAAGUCUUACCGCUCCUGCAACAUCCAGGACUGUCCGGAGGGAUCCAAGGAUUUCCGUGAGGAGCAGUGCUCCCAGUUCGACGGCACCGUCUUCCAGGGGAAACUCUACAAGUGGCUGCCUUAUUACGGAGCUGAGAACCCCUGUGAGCUGAACUGCAUGCCGAGAGGAGAAAACUUUUUCUACCGCCACCGCAGGGCCGUGGUGGAUGGUACACCCUGCCACCCCGGGCGCAGGGACAUAUGUGUGGACGGAGUCUGUAAGCGUCUGGGCUGUGACAACAUGUUGGAGUCUCCUCAGCAGGAAGACCCCUGCCUGCAGUGUGGGGGUAAUGGACAGACCUGCCACCGGGUCCAGAACAGCUUCUCUGUGCGCGACCUGCCAACUGGCUACAACCAGAUGUUCAUCAUCCCUGUUGGAGCCACCACCAUCAGCAUCAGAGAGACUGUGGCCACACGUAACUACCUCGCUAUCAAGAACCUGCGUGGCGAGUACUACCUCAACGGCCACUGGGUAAUUGAUUUCUCCAGGGCGACACCCGUUGCUGGAACCAUGCUGUACUACCAGCGAGGCGCUGAGGGCGACAGCGUCCCUGAAACCAUCAUCGGCCGCGGCCCCACCACUGAACCCCUGGUUAUUGAGCUGAUCAGCCAGGAGCCCAACCAGGGAGUGCAGUAUGAGUUUUAUCUCCCUAAUGGACGCUCCAGAGAGGGCUACUACUGGAGUUAUGGAUCGUGGUCUGCCUGCAGCAGGGAGUGUGGAUCAGGAUACCAGUCCCGUUUGGUCUUCUGCACCAUCGACAACGAGUCGUACCCCGACUAUCUCUGCGCAUCUCUGCCGAGGCCACAGACCAACCGUACAUGUAACCCGCAGCCGUGCCCACAGACCCGCAGGAUGGCGUACCUGUAUCCACCCAAGUUGUGGAGAUCCUCAGAAAGACCCAGAGCCUAUGUGUUCAGCUGGAGAACCGGUGAGUGGAACGCCUGCUCAGUGACCUGCGGUGGAGGCUCUCAGAUUCGCAAAGUGGAGUGCAUCUCCCAGGAUGCCGCGGGCCCCCGCGUGGUGGAUGAUGCCACUUGUGCCGCCUACGCCGAGGCACCGCCUUCUCUGCAGACCUGCAACAUGCACAAGUGCGCCGAGUAUCGUGCGAGUAGAUGGAGCGCGUGCUCAGUGACCUGCGGUUCAGGUCAGCAGACCAGGGAAAUCACCUGUAUCGGUUCAGGAGGAAUGAGGCUGGAGGAAACAUCCUGCAGCACUCUGCACCGCCCGCUCGCAGUCCGACCCUGUGAGAUGGCGGUCUGCCCGAGGUUGAUCAGCUGGCACGUUGGAGAGUGGGGCCUGUGCACCACGAGCUGUGGCUCCGGCUCUAGAGACCGACAGGUGAUCUGCUCGGACCAGGACAGGAACCUGUACCCUGCUGAAAACUGCCUCGCCAACCACAAACCCUCCACAGUGGAGCGCUGCAACACCCAGCCCUGCUACAGCCCACAGGUGGUGCCCAGUGUUCAGGACCCACGAGGGCACGACAACACGCAGACUGGUUUCCAGCCCUACGUGCCCGACCACGCAACAGUCCGCAGGCCUGAGACCGAUCUGACCCAGACCAACACAGUCCAUGACCCUCACGGCUCCGCCCCGGCUCUUCACUGCAGCCAGUCCUAUUACGGCUGCUGCCCCGACGGACGCACUUCAGCUGGGGGCCCUCAGGGUUUGGGCUGCCCAUAUGGACCAGCUCCCACUCCUCGCCAGCCAUCCUGCAUUCAGACCAGUUAUGGCUGCUGCAGGGACGGAGUGACGGCUGCUCAGGGCCCCAACAAGGAGGGCUGCAUGGAGUAUGUGGCCCCUGCACCCACCGCCGCUCCUUCUCUUCCCACUGAGAAUGCCGUGCAGUGCCGUAGAACCACGUACGGGUGCUGCUACGACCGCACAUCAGUUGCGAAUGGACCGAACGGCGAGGGCUGCCCCAACCCACCCAACCACAUUGAGCGCUCCAUCUGCUCCCUGCCUCGUGCUGCCGGCUCCUGCAGCGACUGGAUUACCCGCUACCACUUCGACGUCGUCACCUCCAAGUGCAUGCACUUCUGGUACGGAGGUUGCCACGGUAACAGCAACAACUUCAUGACCCGCGCCGAGUGCCAGAGGGCGUGCCAGGUUCCUGCGGCGAGCCAGCCGGGCCCGGGCCCAGUCGCUCCCGCUGGAGGUCCCGCCCCUAGGAGAGAGCCCACCCCUGCAAGGACCCCAUCAGGAGCAGGCACCGCAUCUGGAGGAGGAGCUGGAGCAGGUGGAUCCACAUCUGGAGGGUCAACAGGUGGAGGCUCACGCAACAUGGGCAGGAUUUUCACCGUGCAGGGAGGCUCGACCGGCAGCACCGGCAGACAGGCCACAAGCGCCGCCACACACGCCCACAGAGGCAGAAUCCAGCGCCCUCGUCGGCCUACCCAUGGUACUGCUGCCCAGCACACCGGCCCAGCAGCGAGUCUGACCCUGGGAGGAGUGACCAUCGAUAAGAGCGACCCGUCUCAAGUGGAGGCUUUAGUCGGACAGACGGUCGUGUUGCCCUGCAGGGUCAGCCCACCGCCGUCCUCCACCGUCAUCGUCGAGUGGAGACGAGACGGCAUCCCUCUGUCUACUCGCAGGCAUCACCAGCAGCCCAACGGUUCCCUGCUGGCCGGCCCUCUCACCAAGCUGGACUCCGGUUGGUUCUUGUGCGUGGCUACUCGUGAGCGGGAGAGAGACCACCGCUACAUUUACCUGUCCGUCACAGAGGGAUCGUCUCCGCUGACUCCGACCUCCCUGCCCGGAGAUGGUCCGAUCCCUCGGUUCAGUAUCGAGCGGUCAGGCUCAUCGUUAGUGGAAAUGCGAUCAGGACAAACAGCCAGUCUUCCCUGCAGGAUCCUCCCUCCCUCCGCUCUUCAGGCUGUCAACAUUCAGUGGACUAAAGAUGGACAUCCUGUCAGUGACGCCAGGUACACGCAGCAUUCAGACGGCAUGCUGAUCGUCGGCCCUCUCAGGUCUGAAGACUCUGGUGUUUACACGUGUACGGCAUCCAGCCAGCAGCAGCUGGAGCAGAAACAGCUGCAGCUCAGAGUCCAGACGGAUCUGAAGAUCACCACAGCGCCCAACAACAUCCAGGUGUCUGAAGGCAGCACAGCUCUGCUCCCCUGCGUGGUGUCAGGAGACAACGUCAACAUAGGCUGGUCCAGAAACGGUGUCCCGGUGCGUCCAGACGGUCGUAAAAUCCUGCUGUCCUCUGACGGCAGCCUGAUCCUGAACGACGUGAAGCCGUCAGACGAGGGCACUUACACCUGUAACGCUUACACCGGAAUCUACUCUGUGAGCGCCACAGCUGAAGUUAGAGUCACUAAAGACACACAACAAGGUGACGAUGUGCCACCAGAGUGCGUCGACCAGCCUGAGCUCGCCAACUGCGAGCUGAUAGUUUACGCCCGGCUCUGCUCCAACUCGUACUACUCCAGUUUCUGCUGUGCCAGCUGCACCAGGCACUCGCAGAGAAACGACAGGUUCGGUCGGCUAGGCUGAAGCCGAGGAGGGGUUACAGACUCUGGGCUGGGUGGGAGAGGGGACGAGAGGGGGGAGGAGGAGAUGAUUUUGGAGGACUGCAUUUUGAAAAACCUUCCAACACUGAACUUCUGCAUUUGCCAAAAUGAGUAAAAAAAAAAAGAGCACAAAUCUGAGCAGUUUAAAAGCGCAUCGAUAAAGGGACUGAUACUGUAGACGUAGAUGCUGUGAACCAGAAGUCUGCAGGUUGUGAACACGUUGUGUUCAGGGAGUCUGUUUGUACACUGCUGCAUUAAACACUGAAACACUGAACAGAGGCCGUACAGUAAAAAAAAAAGUCUGUUGAAUGUUACGAAGCUAUAAAAAAUCACAAGUGAUUGACUCACUGGACCUCCUGCACAUGUUCUCUGUUUUCUAGAGAAUGAUGAUGAUUUUACUUUCCGCCCAUUAAAUUCCAGUAAAAACCCUCCACGUGAAACGAUUCCAUCACUGCUGUACUUGUUGUUGACCACUGCUCCUUUUUUUUUUUUUUUUUUAAAAUCUAUAUUUUGGAAUUCACAGAUAAAAGUUUGUGUUUUUCUCUUCGCAUUGUUUAUUUUUUAUGU